UAUGGCAUCUGUUGUGGGGGCCAGAAUCCUAGCGGCUCGUCCCGUUCAGGCUAUGGACUCAGGCCUUGGCUGCCGAAGGAGGCCUCCCUAGCCCAAGCCCCUACGCAGUCGAAUGCUGGGGCAUGUUUGGGUUCUGACGCGCCAACAUCAGACCAUGAUAUAUCAAUGUCACUCCACCGUACAUGUUUCAACUUGACUAAAGGCGCUCUAGGGUUCCGUCUUCAACUGGUAUUUCAUAUCGAGUCCUAUUUGGAGUAGCCAUCUUUGAUCGUCCAUUGCACUUGCAGAAGACGAAGUACCAUUACUACUACGAGAGAAUUAUCAAUCAAGUCCUCGUACCUGUACUGCAGGCAUCCCUACCACACCGCAUCAACUACUUGAAGUCGAAGACACCGUUGUGACUGCAAUGGCUUACGUACCUGGCCUCACCCUUCCGUCGUCGAUCUUCUCCAAUGCCCCUGUCUCCAUCCUCCUCCCUCUCGGUCUAGGUCUCGGGUCCGGCCUCGUAUCACAACCAGGAAGACUGAAACCAAAGAACUUCUCAGAUGAAAGAGCGAAAGAGCGAGGAAAAUUUCGGAGCACGCAGGAACAGUAUGUGGCCUUGAAGCAGCCGCCUUUCAGACCACCGCCUUGGGUCUUUGCCCCUGCGUGGAGUACCUUGUACCUGAUGAUGGGUUACGCCGCUCAUCGGGCUUGGACGACUGGCAUGGCCAGCUUGAACCCCCAGACUGUGGAACAUACACGAAGAGGUGCAACACUGUACACCCUACAACUUGGCUUGAACAUCAUCUGGAUGCCAUUGUUCUUUGGUUUGGGCAGACCAAUCGAAGCCAUGCUCGACAUAGUCACCUUGACUGGAACGGUCGGUUAUUUGACGUAUAUCUGGCAAAAGGUCGACCCGGUGGCAGCUUAUUUGAUGGCGCCGUAUCUUGCAUGGCUAGGGUUCGCAACCUAUCUGACGGCUGGAACUGGAUACCUGAAUGGCUGGACAAUGAAGAGCACCGAGCAAAGCGAGGAACGCGCCGAAUUGAAGAAGGAUUCGUGAUGGUCUCGACUCGUGUUCGCUGCAUUGGGGGAAAGUCGAGCGCGGCUUCCUCUCACAUGGGCGGCGUAGCUAUGCAUUCGCAUAUCAUGGCCGAAGUCUUCCGUCGUUUCGAUGUUUCAUCGGCGGUGUUUUACUACGCCGACACGGGGCAUGAUCACCUCCUGCUAUUCAACAAGCGAAGAAGCCCUGUUUCUUACA